AUCAAUCUCCAACAGAUCCUUCAACCGCACGCCGCUGCAUCGACUGCGAGAGCAGCGCUGGAGUUUUCGAGUCCGGCAGUCUUGAAUGGAUUAUGCCGGUCCGGACGGUGGUGGAUGAGCUGACUGGGCUCCUGCUUGCGACGGCUUGGAGUGUCGCUUCAUUGAGCUACACUCCGCCGUUAUCGAUAUCAACCGCGCCUCCCCAGGGAUUUGAGUCGUUUUCAAACACGUCGGCGGCUGCUGUUCGUGCAGUCUGCCUUUGUUCAGACUAUUCAUUCAUCGCCUACGGAGGACUUGCUGGAGCAGAUUAUACGACACGAGCAACGCUCUGCCAUAUGCGCACAGGUCUGUAUGGUGAGCACAUCGAUGUUCCCUAUGCCUUUGCAGCUUUGAAGUUGGUUUUGGACGCUCCAACUAGUGACCGCAUUCGGCAAAUGUACCCCGGCCAUGGCGCACAGCCAGCUGCCCUGCCCGUUGGCGAUGGCGAUGGACCAGCGGUUAUCCCUCCUGCAGGCGGUGAUGGUGGACAGGCGGCUGCCCCGCCCUAUGACGACAACAAUCAGCCAGCUGCCGCCCCCACUGGCGAUGAUGAUGGACCACCAGGCUAUUCUUCCUCUAUUCCUACCCAAACUAGGAGUGGUCGGGUGUCCCGUCCACCAGCACGCUUCACGUAUAGGCGCGAUGGUCGGCACGCCGAUGAUGGCAGAAGACAUGGGUAAUA